AUGGAACUUCAGAAUGAUUUAGAGUCGCUCGAUAACGAGCUGAAUGAUUUUAGUGAAGAUCCAUUUCGUGAUGAUUUCAUAACGGAUGAAGAUGCUGUAAGAUCGGGGUGGCGAUCUGCGUGGACCAGGAUGAAAUAUUGGUUUUAUAAGAAUAGACUGAAGUGGACAAACAAUCCCAUAGUGAUUGGCGACGCGAAAGAUAGUAGGGAUGGUUCUAACUUUAGAAGGGGUAUACCGCUAUAUGAAUUAGACGCGAAUGGUCAACCCAUUGAUACUGAACUUGUUGAUGAGAAUGAACUUUCUUUUGGAACGGGAUUUCAUUCCAAAGUGCCUUUUAAAAUAAUAUUUCGCACAUUGUUUGGCUCGCUGGUGUUUGCCAUUUUUUUAAUUCUGAUGAUUAACAUAGCAAAACCCCAUCACUCCACGAGAGUGCUAUCGCACUUUGGCAGUCCUGAAUUUGACCCUUACGUGAAGUAUUUUAACGGUACGCAUGAAUUUUUCCCCUUAACGAUAGUAAUUUCACUAGACGGUUUCCAUCCUUCACUCAUAUCUAAGAGGAACACACCGUUUUUACAUGACUUAUAUGAAUUGAAAUAUGAUGGAGGUAUGAAUAUCACGUCCACACCUUUUAUGGUACCCAGCUUCCCUACGGAGACCUUUCCCAACCAUUGGACGUUGGUUACUGGACAAUACCCAAUACACCACGGUAUAGUCUCUAACGUAUUUUGGGAUCCUGAUCUUAAUGAGGAAUUCCAUCCAGGUGUAUUGGACCCUCGAAUAUGGAACAAUAAUGAUACAGAACCAAUAUGGCAAACUGUUCAGUCUGCAUUUGACGGUGAUAUACCAUUCAAAGCUGCUACCCAUAUGUGGCCAGGUAGCGAUGUGAAUUAUACCAAGUAUAAUGAAGAGAAACUACAACCUGAACAUAAAAAUCCUAUUGCUAGAGAGAGAACUCCAUUUUACUUCGACGAAUUCAAUGCUAAAGAACCACUUUCGCAAAAAUUAUCCAAGAUUAUUGAAUAUGUGGAUAUGAGUACACUGAACGAAAGACCACAGCUAAUUCUCGGUUAUGUACCGAACGUAGAUGCCUUUGGACAUAAGCAUGGAUAUCCGUCAGAGUCGGAAUACUAUUAUGAAGACUUCACUGAAACACUGGGGGAAGUAGAUACAUUUCUGAAGCAACUAGUGGAAUCGCUGCAAGAAAGAAAUUUAACCAGCUUUACUAAUUUGGUCAUUGUUAGCGAUCAUGGUAUGAGCGAUAUCGUAGUUCCCUCAAAUGUUAUUAUAUGGGAAGACUUACUGGACGAAAAAUUGAGGAAGGAUUAUGUAUCGCACGCAUAUCUAGAGGGUCCGAUGAUGGCUAUAUCGUUGAAAGAUUCCGGAAACAUCAAUGAGGUUUACCACAAUUUAAAGACUUCUAUAGAUGAAGACAAGUAUACGGUUUACGUUAAUGGAAAUUUCCCCAAAGAAUGGAACUUUAAUGAUGGAAAAAAUCAUCACAUGGCGUCAAUCUGGAUUGUGCCCGAGCCUGGGUAUGCAGUGAUGAAGAAAGAACAAUUGAAGAAGGUGGCAAAAGGUGAUCAUAAGGACAAAAACGAAGACAAUGUGUUCACGAUUGGAUCACAUGGAUACGACAAUAACGCGAUCGAUAUGAGAUCUGUAUUUAUUGGUAUGGGGCCAUAUUUUCCACAGGGAUACAUUGAGCCGUUCCAAAAUACCGAAAUUUACAACCUUUUGUGUGAUAUUUGCGGUGUGGCAGAAAAGGACAGAAAUUCCAAUGAUGGGACUGGGAUGCUUAUGAACCAACUCCGCGAACCCCAGAGCAGCGAAGAAGUAGAGAUUGAAGAUGACUUUGAUUAUUUGGUCAGUAAGUUUGGUGAAUUCAGCACUUAUAAUAUAAUUUGGGGCGGGUACCCCGAAGAGACAGAACAAGACAAUGUUGACAAUGAUAAUGAUGACAACGACGAUGGAAACACUGAUGAAAUAGCCGCUAUGCCAUCUUCGUCAUUAACGAUAAAACUAGAAAUGACAACUUCAAUACCAUCAGCAACUGAGACUCUACUGGGCGAAACAUCACCAUCAUCAAGAAGCAGCAGCAGCAGCAGCAUACAAGCUAGCGCUACUGCUAGCACAGUGGGGGAUUGGCUUCAAGACAUAAUCAACGACGCAAAAGAUCUCAUUGACGACAUAAUUGACAGCAUCGACGAUUUAGUCGAUUCUGAUACCUAA